CUCCUCUUCUGGUGCGCUGGGCUCCCACCUUCUCCGUCCGCUUUUCUUGUUUUAUCCCGUCACCAGGAUCAUGAAGGUCGCCAGUGGCAGCGCCGCGGCCGCCGCGGGCCCCAGCUGUGCGCUGAAGGCGGGCAAGGCCGCGGGCGGCGCGGGCGAGGUGGUGCGCUGCCUGUCGGAGCAGAGCGUGGCCAUCUCGCGCUGUGCGGGCGGCGCCGGGGCGCGCCUGCCCACCCUGCUGGACGAGCAGCAGGUGAACGUGCUGCUCUACGACAUGAACGGCUGCUACUCGCGCCUCAAGGAGCUGGUGCCCACCUUGCCCCAGAACCGCAAGGUGAGCAAGGUGGAGAUCCUCCAGCACGUCAUCGAUUACAUCAGAGACCUGCAGUUGGAGCUGAACUCCGAAUCCGAAGUCGGGACCCCGGCGGGGCGCGGGCUGCCCGUGCGGGCUCCGCUCAGCACCCUCAACGGAGAGAUAAGCGCCCUGGCAGCCGAGGCGGCGUGUGUUCCAACGGACGAUCGCAUCUUGUGUCGCUGAAGCGUCUCCCUCAGGGACCGGCAGAUCCCAGCCUUUCGGGGGCAGGAGGAAUAAGUGCUUUCCGAUCCACCGAAGAUCCACCCGAGCGCCUCGCCGGAGCUGGGGGGAAACGACAGAUCGGCGGGCAUUGGGCACUUGCUGGAUCUGGCCCCGCGCUGGUGGACUGACGAGGAGAGGCUGUGACCCUCUUUUGCCAAACUUACGAGCCACCAGAGACUUGGGGGGGUCCCCCCAGUGUGUUUCUAUUUUUUGAAAAGCAGACAUUUUAAAAAAUGGUCACGUUUGGUGCUUCUCAGAUUUCUGAGGAAAUCGCUUUGUAUUGUAUAUUACAAUGAUCACCGAUUGAAAAUAUUGUUUUACAAUAGUUCUGUGGGGGUGUGUUUUUUUUGUUAUUAAACAAAUACUUUGGUGGUAAA